AUAAGAACGUCAAAACAUUUGGACUUGCAGCCACUCUAGCGCAUGUAACGUUAUUUUGACUAAAUAUGCUCAUCUGGAUAAUAUGCGCGGCGGUUUUCAUUGGACUUUUAAUUCGCAAUCCUUACUUUUUCCAAGAUGUCCACUUCUUGAUCACGUUGUUCAGAGUGAGGCUCCGUGUCUCCAGAUACAGGGAGAGAAAUUACUCAAUCUUAGACCGCUUUCUAGACGUUGUGAAGACGCAGCCUCAUAAGCCGUUCGUCCUGUUCAAAGAUGAAACGUACUCCUACCAAGACGCCGACAAACUCAGUAACAAAGUCGCCAGAGCGCUGCUGGACAGCGGCGCGGUUACGGAGGGCGAUACAGCCGCUCUCCUCGUGGGAAACGAGCCCGUCUUCCUCUGGCUGUGGCUGGGCUUGUUGAAGUUAGGAUGCCCCGUCGCGUUUCUCAACUACAACAUGAAGUCUCAGUCCUUGCUGCAUUGUUUCCACUGCAGUGGGGCAAAGGCACUGAUUGCAGCUGAGGAGUAUAAGGAUACUGUUGAGGAGAUCCUGCCACAUGUUUUGGAGCAGAGUGUCAGAGUUUUCAUCCUGGCUGACCAAUGUCAAACAUCUGGGAUGGAGAGCUUCAGAGACAAGGUCAACCAAGCCUCCACUGAGCCUCUACCAAGUGGAGUGAGGUCACAUUUUACCCUGUUGAGUCCAGCAGUUUACAUAUACACCUCAGGGACAACAGGGCUACCAAAGGCAGCGGUGAUGACCCACCUCAGGAUCAUGUCCAUGACUACUGGUCUGGCGCUAAUGGGAAUUACAUCCAGUGAUGUAAUCUAUACCACCCUCCCGCUUUACCACGCUGCUGGCUUCAUGGGAUUUACUGCAACCAUUGAAAGGGGUAUGACCUUUGUUCUAAGAAACAAGUUCUCUGCAUCUAACUUCUGGGAGGACUGCAGAAAGUUCAAUGUAACUGUCAUACAGUACAUAGGUGAGAUUAUGCGUUACCUCUGCAACACACCAAAGAAAGACAGUGAUCGAUGCCACAAAGUGAGACUUGCCAUGGGUAAUGGCAUCAGAGCAGAAGUUUGGAGGGAAUUCUUAAACAGGUUCGGAAACAUCCAAAUCAAAGAGUUCUACGGCGCGACAGAAGGGAAUCUAGCCAUACACAAUUAUGUCUGCAAGAUCGGUGCUGUUGGGCGAGUGAACUUUCUUCACAAGAAAGCCUUCCCUUACGCUGUGAUCAAGUAUGACCAUGCAAAAGAUGAGCCACUGAGGGAUUCGUCCGGUUUCUGCAUAGAGGCUGCUAAAGGUGAACCUGGCCUGAUGGUGAUUCAGAUAACACAGAGGGCUCCGUUUAUUGGCUAUGCAAGAGACCUGAAGCAGACUGAGAAGAAGAAGCUGCAUGAUGUCUUCAAGAAAGGAGACGUGUACUUCAACACCGGCGACAUGCUCUGUAUCAGCAAAGACAAUUUCAUCUACUUUCACGAUCGCAUUGGAGACACUUUCAGAUGGAAAGGGGAGAAUGUGGCCACAAAUGAGGUGUCUGAUGUAAUCAACGUGGCUGAUGGCAUCAAAGAAGCCAAUGUGUACGGAGUUCAUGUGCCAGGCCAUGAGGGGAAAGCAGGAAUGGCCGCUGUUUUGUUAAAAGAUGGAGAAAAGUUUGACUGCAUUGGUGUUUUCAAGCAUUUGGAGAAGUUCCUGCCAGCGUAUGCAAGGCCACGUUUCAUAAGGAUUCAGAAUUCCCUGGAGAUUACAGGCACAUUCAAAUACAUGAAGGUGAAGCUGGUGGAAGAGGGAUUCGACCCAAAUAAAAUAACAGAUCCGUUGUAUUUUCUAGAUGAAAGAGAAGGGAAGUACAUUCCACUUACCCAGGAAAUAUUUAGUUCUGUCAUAACAGGGAAGAUGAAACUUUAAAGAGGGUUUCUCAACUGUGGUGCAACAUCUGUCUGUGAUUUUCAAUGCAUUCUAGGAGUUACUUUGUAAUCCCUGCUUUCCCUCGAGUAAUGCUGCGUUUAGGUCAACUUUGAGCUUGGAAUUUCUGACUCGCAAAUUUCCAACCUGCAACAAAAUGGCGUUCAUGGUGUCAAUCAAAAAAAAAAAAAAUGAAUAAAAGGAAA